AUGAUGGAAAAUUCGAAACAUUCGUAUCGAUCGUCUUCGAUUUCAUCAGUGGCCUCAAGUCAACAAAAUCCAACAAAUGGAUUAAAAGCUCUUGCUUCAUCGGACUUUGAAUAUGUGGGUCGAUUGGUAACACGUGAACGACCAGUGAUUCGAACAUCUAACUCUAUACAACAGAGCUAUGUUUUUCCUCAAAAUAAAAAUAAAUAUUUUCCCUCAAAUGCAUCUCAACGUCAAAAUAUUUAUGAAGAACAAUCAACAUCGUCGAGUGAUGGUGAUGAUAAUUCAGACGGGUUAAGUAAACCAUUGGGUGUUAUAAAAAUAAGCGAUCGGCACGUUAGAGAAAUCUAUCGAUUGCCGACACCACCACCCAAAAUUAAACGAGUUUAUCAUCGUCUUAAAUCGCCUGACCCAAAAGUAAUUGAACGAGUAUUUGUUCGUCGUCCGCCACCACAAAUUAUCGAAAAUAUAAUCGAAAUACCGCCAGAAAAAGUUCGUAUCAUAAAUCGAGAAAAAUAUUUAGGAAAAUCAGAACCAAUUACACGUUCUAAAAUUGUAAAAUUAAAAUCGCGUCAUCGUCAUAGAGAAGUACAAGAAGAAGAAGAAGAAGGAGAAGAAGACGACUAUGAUGAUGUAGAAGAACGACAACCACAACAAACAUAUAUGCCUUCUGAACAAUAUGCUCAACAACCGCAAACAACAAUGCAAUCUAGUACAUAUCAACCAGCAGCAGAAACAUCACUUGUUUAUCCUCCACAACCAAAUACGCGUACUGUUGGUUACUUUGAAUCAACGAUUCCGCCAGAGAUCAUGUUAAACUCGAAAAACCCUAUGCAACUCGCAUCUCAACAGAGUUAUAACGACUCAACGAUUCAGCCAACUUCGGCUGAAUAUGCAUCACAAGAACAAACUAUGUAUCAACCAGCCCAACCGAUAAAUUAUGGCUAUGCAUCACAACAGCCAUCUGCUUAUCGAUCUCCUCAAUCAACAAUGCAAAACUAUGCAUUACAGCAGCAACCUGUUUAUCAACCGACUCAACCAAUGAUGCGAAACUAUGCACCCCCACAGCUACCUGUUCACCAAGUGACUCAACCAACAACCCCAAACUAUGCAUCACAACAGUUAUCAGCCCAGCCAUCGCCUUAUUACUUGGGUCGACAACCAACCAGCGCUUAUCAAACGUCUCAACCAAGUCCUUAUUAUUUUCCAACCCAGUAA